AUCGGAGAAAUUUGAAUAUCGUCCUUUUAAAUUCCACAGCGUCGAACCAUCUUUCAAACACUGAAUUACUACAAAAGAGCGUAAGCUAUUUUUAGAUAUUAUUAGUAUAUGCUAGACUGCCAAACGUAAGGUAUAAACACCCUGGUUUGACUAAAUGGCCGCCAUGGCGUUCGCUCUUGUCUGGAUCUUGAUAUCCGUACACGUUCCAUUUCUUUUUGGGUAUAUUACAACAAAGUUGGACCCGUCUUCUUUCCCCGUCGGUAAAAGCAACGCAACAAUUAAAUGUUUGACAUUUUUGUAUGCGUAUGGAGUUUAUUAUGAAGAUAUAACACUUGAUAUUCGCCAAAAUGAAAAUGAAGACUUUAUAUCAGUUCUCAAAUGUAACCUAUCAGGGGAGUAUCGAUUGAAUAACGAAACUGAAUUUAAAGGCGUUGAUAUACUGUCAUUCAGAACUAGCUGCUGGUUUAGUUUUUAUUUCUACAGUUACGUUGAACUUAAUGCAUCCCUUCAAUCUGACGAAUGCAUACUUGGUUCCCAAACAUCUGCUUGCUGGAGAUGUCUUUUUUCAAAUGGGACUUUUACUUUCAACACUUCUGAAAAGAAUAUUUAUUCAAUAAAAGGCCAGUUUCCCCAAAAGAUGGAAAGUAUUUCCAUUGUCAACCGGCUACCGUCAAAGUCAAUGUAUGAAACUGGUGAUGUUUUGCAGUUGCAGUGCAUUGGGGAAGUAGAGAGUAUCAAUGCCAUGCCAAGUAAGGAUAUCCGUUGGUGUCGAAAAGAAAAUGGAAAAUUCAAGUUACUUUCAUUUCAAGAUCCCCCUCGCACUGUUGUAGUAAAAAGGAGCAAAGAUGGAUGUACUGUGGUGCAAAACUCUACCUUAUUUUAUCAUAUAUCGCAAAAUGACACUGCCUUCGACAUAAUGUGUGAGUCUGGGUGGAGUAAUGCCUGUGGAAUAAAAGGAAUCAAUGCGACACUUAACAUACCAACCAUUGACACCCAACCAGACAAAUGGAGAAUGUUGCCAAUUCUUAUUCACGACAAAACGUCUUUGCUCAAUCCAAGACAGAUAGUAUUAGAUGGACCAGGAAAAACCAUCCAUUUACAGUGCACAGCGUCUGUCCAUUCUCAUAAUACAUCAAUUGCGAAAAUAAUAAAUUUGUGUGUUAGAAAGCAAAACAAUGCAACAUGGACAGAGGUAAAAUUACAGGGGAAGAAGAAAAUAGCAACCUCAAACAUCAGCGGAGAAAUAACGGUUUUCAGUAAAGUGGAGUAUCACAUCACAGUAUUUGACACGGCGGUACACUUCUUGUGCGAAAUAUCCCAAUAUACUUCGUGUGGAAAUGGAUUGGCGUCUUCCAACAUAUCAAUACAUGUUGCUGUUGAAGGACAAAACCAGUAUGUUGACGAACCUGACUGCAGCGAAGCUGCAGUAGCGGUACUUUCAGUCCUACUAGCUGUCGUGUUGAUUUUUACACUUUUCUUUAUGCUAGUGUUGUGUAGAUGGAGACAAAUAAGCUUAUUUGGAAUGGUAAUUAAGAUUGAAAGUGAAAAGAAAUAUUAUAUCGAAGGGACAACAAACAAUCAAUCCUUGUCUGCCAUAGACGCGGAUAUAAAUCGCAUCCAGACACAAAGCAGUACACGUUAUGUAGAGAAACCUUCCUCCACUCUUGGUGCUCCAAAGAAAGGAAUCAAAACGAAUUCAAUAGAAGAAACACAAGGUCGAGACAUUGAUAGAGAAUGUUAUGACAAUUCAAGUGAAUAUUAUCUACCAGCAAACUACGAUAUUCCAAUUGGAAAACAAAGUUUUUAUGAAAACCAGGCUUUGGAACACGAAAGAAAGGGAUCGAUUUACGAAGAUGCCACAAAGGAAGUCAAAGAGCAAAAUUACGAUGUCUUAAAAUUAUAGUGAACAAAAUAAAUCUACGACUUUUCUCGCUUUAAAAUCAUUCAAGAAAAUUCUAUACUGUAACUAUCAAGACUAAAUGUACAUGUAUAAUUGUUGACUAUGUAUUUAAUAUUUUUGCUUUAUGAUGCUCUUAAUAUCCUAUUUCAUAUCAGUGAAGAAUAUAGUAGAAGUAUAAAGAAAAAAUGUAUAAAAACCAUUCAUAUUUGGUUGUAGUCAAAUAUCACCAUAUAUUUGCCUUCUGACAUUAGAUUUCUAACAAAUUAUUUAUGAUUAACUACAGAUACAUGCACGAGUUGUUUUUUUGGAAUUUGACGUUCAAAUUUUGAAAUUGACCAUUCAUUGACAGCUGAAAACAGGUUAUCUAGCUAUAGGUCUAUAGCAAUCCUACAAUCACGUGGGUAUAGCAAUCCUAUAAUGAUUAAGAAGAGCAUUCAUUCAACAAUAAAAAACCAUUCUUACGUGAUCGAAUCAGCUGUACAUGAAAACGUACGCCCUUAUCAGGUUUUUUAAAGAACCCUAAACAACUUCAUUUAACAUUCAUCUAACUUCGAAUCUAUCUGUGUGUCAAAUAUAGGUAUAUUUAUAUUAUAUUUGUUUUUGUUACGAUAAAUGUACAUAGUAUUAUUUGCUUUAGAUUAUAUAAGAAAAUAUGUGUCCUAACAAUUUUAUCCUUAUUAGUAGUACAAUAAAGAUGUAAAAAAAAAAAUGUAUAUUUCGUUUACCUCAUUGAUAUCAUUUCAUAUGAUUGUUUAAUUAAUUAACGGUUGCAUCGGUCGAUAGAAGCUUCCCUUGUCAAGGAUUGUAUGUCUAUUACUUAUACUAGUACAAAUUGAACUCCAAGAACAUGAAUG